AUGAAUUAUUCAACCAACAAUGGUCCUAAUCCUGCGGCGAAGCUCGAGAUUUUCAAGAGUAAACUAGCGAUGCUGAAGAAUAAUGGUAAAAUUUUAAGCAUCAAAGAUCUCGCAGAGGAGCUCUUCGAUCUUACUCUUGAAGAGGCAUCAACGGAAUUGGGAAUUCGUGAUGACCCUAGGGGAAAACAAGCCACACAAGCUACACAGAUAUUGAAGAUUUAUUUGAUCUUGUUAGAUGAGGAAUGUAGAAGAGUUGUGGAACUUAGGAGCCGGGGAUGGCAUGAUAACAAAGAAGAGGGCGACGAGCACUUCCGACAGCAGCGGAAACGUGCUGAUUCGACUACUCCUGAGGAGGAACGCAGCUUUUACAGGAUGAUGCAACAGAUCGGGGACGAAAUGCAUAGGUCUCAUCACAUCUUUACUAUACCCUUCGUCCCAGACGGUCAAGUCAAUAUACUAGAUCUUUGUAUGGCUCCCGGGGGCUAUACAGCAGCAGCUCUCAGCCAUCGUAGCGGAUUUAAAGCAUAUGGCAUCACCUUGGCUCCUGAAUCUGGUGGUCAUACUGUUAUCAUCGACAAAAAUCGCCUCCAAGGUCUCAGAUUCCAUGAUAUCACAAUGUAUAAAGAGUUUUGCCCAAGUGAUAAAGAUAUUCCCGAGUGUUUCAGGUCCAGAUUUAGUGAUGUUAGGCCCUUCAAGUCUAUCAAGUAUCAUCUCGUAUUUGCGGAUGGAAAGACUCUUCGUACCCACGAUCGCAUCAAGGACAUCUAUGAUGCCAACCUUAAUAAGGAAACAGUACGCUUACAAACUUCGCAACUAAUCCUCGCGAUGAACCGAAUACACAAUGGAGGCACUCUGGUUAUGUUACUGCACAAGGUUGAUGCAUGGCACUCAGCUUUCUUGCUGUACACGUUUUCAAAAUUUGCGGACAUUGAAGUCUUCAAGCCUGUCAAAAAACACGCUACAAGAAGUAGCUUUUACAUGAUUGCAAAAAACAUCAGAGUCAAUCAUCCGGAGGCACUCAAGGCAAUUGGAGAAUGGCAGGAAGACUGGUAUCGUGCCACAUUUGGAGGUCCAGAAAACACGGGAUUACCAAAGGAGGAGCCAACAGAUGAGACAGUCCAAGAGUUGCUACUAGACUUUGGACCAGAAUUGGUCAAGUUGGGACACACGGCUUGGAUGAUACAGGCGAACGCAUUGAGUCAGACAAGCUACGCAGGCUCAACGACCAAUGGGGUCAAAUUGGCGUUCAGAAAGCGUGUCUGGAGUGGGCUUAAGGACAUCUUUAAGGAUCAUCAUGAGGGACUGAGAAUGGAGCGUGGUGUGGGAUAUGCACCAAUCUAUGGUAGAGAAGCUAGCGAAUGGGCAGUGGUAAGUGAUGGCCAAAUUAGUACUGGUAGAGUGGUUAGAGUUGAUGGUCAAGUUACUGCCGAUCGCACCAUUCGUGCUCCUGGGGACAAUAGGGCCAUGUUUAUGGUGGGAGCUUAA